GCACAAACUUAUCCUAUACUAAAUAGCUACUAAGAGAAAAGACAAAGCGAUUUUCGGUUGCCAAUGUGAUGUAAGGGUAGUGCAAAUAUAUCUCCGAUAGUUUUAAGCACCUGGAGAAAUAAAAACUCUGAUGAAUUACAGCACUAUUUUAGUACUGCGGCUGGGCGGACCAACACCACUGAGCGCGACAACAAUCUGAAGUGCGGCCAUUCAGCGGCGUUAGGCAACUGCAGGAGUGUAUUUGCUAGUUACAUUUUAUUGAUAAUGUCGCUGUAUGCUAUGCCUGAUCUGUUUGAGAGGAAAGGUUCUCUUUAUCUGCGCUCAAACCACGUCACAUACGGCAGACCCACCUUGGUGUCAGGCUGGCAUCAGAACCGAGAAGCUGAACCUAAAGAUUACGAUUUGGCCACGUUACCAGUAGGCAAGAAAAACUUGUGUCAGUCAACAUACAGGAGUUUAGGAAAGGUGGAAAUUUCGGAUUGGAAAACUACAACUGAAGAUCAGUUAUCUCAAGUUCAGUUAAAGAAGGACUAUGAAGCUAGAGAUGUACCAAAAUCAAUGGUUAAUGAAAACACAAUUGAUGUUGUUGCCAAUAGACAAACUGAUCAUUCUCAGAGAGGAUAUGUCUUGCCACAACAUGAUAAAGACCAUGGAAAAAUGCAUCUGAAAACAACAUAUUAUAUUGAUUACUCCUUCCCUUUUCAGCCAACAACUAUACCAGAUGUUCGUGACUGUUCCGCAGCUUAUAAGAAAUGUCACUCCCAGUUUACAGAUACCGCAGAUUACAGAAGGCAUGGUAGGAACACCUGGCAAGAUGAAAGUGGAAUUUAUGCCAAUCACCAAAUAAAGCACAGCAUAUUCAAGCAAAGCUGUCCUAUCACUCCACAUCUGUGAGGAUAAAGCAGCCAUAUAUCAUAUAAGAUGCAGGAUCCUGUUCAGCCAGUGAUUGGAAGCUAGCACAAGAAGCUUUAUGGUGUUUGGUGAUUUGACUAAAGUUUUACUAUGAUUCUGUCAAAUAUAUGCUUUAUGACCAAUGUUAUUUUUGCUUUAUAUACAAAUAUAAACCAUAUUAAUAUAGCUUGACCACUGGAAAUAUAAACUGGCCUGUAUGAAUAUCUUCCAACUGCAAUUCUGUUUGCAUGGACUGUCCCCAUUCUGCAACAAGGAAUCGCUUAUGACUGCAGGUGCAGAGCAGUUAUAAUGUUUUAAUCCCUUGUUAAAGUAGUAACCUCCUGUGAUGCACAGUGCACCAUUAACAUUAACCUUGCCCCCUUCCAUGUACAAUUUUUGUUAUGUGCCUUCCUUCUGCCUUUUUCCUCACCCUUGGCCUCCUCUCCCCUAUGCUUCCUCCAUACUUUAACUUUGUGCUGAGACUUUUUAAUUUUUUUAAUUUCUAAAAAGGCAUCCAACCCUCUCUUGAAACUUACAGGUCUCACUGUAAAAAAUGAAAAUGUGGACAGAACACUGUGGCUGCCAACCAGGAACCCUGUUCUAUUUAAAAAAUGCACAAUUGACAUCCACCCUCAUUAUGUGAUCCUUUUAACUAGUCUAAGUACAAACAGCAUUACUAUUCUAUUUACUGUUCUAUUAAAAAAAUGCACAAUUGACAUCCACCCUCAGUAUGUGAUCCUUUUAACUAGUCUAAGUACAAACAGCAUUACUAAAACAAAUAGAUCUUAGUUUAGAAAUCGUGUUUGUGUGGCACUGUGUCAAAUGCUUUGGCAAAUCAAGUAUGUCACAUCCACUGUAACCCUGCUGUCCAAGUUCCUGCUUACUGUAUCUGUCCAUCAGAAAGCCAUUCUGAUUAUUACUUAUAGUGCAACUAGACAAUCCCUUGAUCCUUUGUUAAACCUUCAAUUAACUCGUCCAUCACAGAUGUCAAAAUUGCAGGCCUAAAAUUACCAGGUUGCAUUCAUAAUCCCUUUUAAAAUACUGCAAUCACGACUUUCUUACAAAAAGUGACCUGGCUAAAAUUGAUCUAAGCUAAGUAAUCAAGGGUGUAUUCCAUCACACUCCAGAGCCCUGUUCAUUAACUUUGCUUAAAUUUUUAGAACCAUGUCUAAGAACAUCUUGUUUGAACUGAGCCUUGCCUGUUCUGUAGGAAAGAACUGAUUAAAAGGGCUAUGCACAUUUGAAUUUACUUUUAAUAUAAUCUAGAGUGAUAUUAUGACAACUUUUGCAAUUGGUCUCACCUCUACAUAAUUGUUCCUGUAAACUUGAUCAGGAGUAAAUAAAAUUGGUAGUUUAAUGUAGACCAGGCACAUCCAGAUUUGCCUUAUUUUAAACAGACUGCAUCAUAUAAUUUUUUAUCUUUUUUAGGCAAGGAACAUUUAUAUGUAGAGUUGGUUCUCCGUGACCACAUGAGAUACUUGUAUAAUAUAUAGUCUUAUACUGUACGAGGCAUCUUCUGUUUCCUUCAAUUCUUUCAGUUUUACUGAAUCCAAAAAAAGAAAAGCGAUUCUAGUUCUUAUUCUUCCUUAAUGAAGUUAUCUGUAUUCAUAUACAUCAGCAAAAUAUAUUGAUGUGUGGUUCAUGCAGCCACAAAGGUUCAUGUUGCAAUAGUGAUUAUGUGAUACCUGAGAGCCUGACUUGCAAUUUCUUUCAUUGUCCCCUUGGACUUUGAUGGAUUAGGUGUGAACUUAAUGUUCUCCUGUCUCACAAAUCUAGUCUAUUUUUAUUUGCCGUUCUCUCUGUUAUAAACCUGUGAUAUAAUAAAAUUGAAGACUGCUUCAGAGUA